ACACGGCUCGCCCUGCGUUUCCUCUGCAUCAUCAACGACCGGGCGAUCUCGCAGCAAGGCGCAACCAGAAGGAAUUCCCCUUCACGAACAUCUUCUGGCUUCUCCGAUCCGAGACACUUAAGAUACAGUUACCGGGUGGGAGAAACAAUAUUGCUAGAGAGGGAGAAGCUUUGAAGGUUACAACCAUUGAACGACGACCAACGAGGAUACGACCCAAACGAAUUUACGACCAGACUCUUGCAAUUGACGGGACCAGUUGCAAUUGCUUUUGACGCUACUGAACGGGGAAUACUAUAAAAGUUGAGACUCGGUUUUUCAUCCAAAAAAAGAAAGAGUGAUUGCCAAUUUUUACGAUUUGAAACGAAGAAAACGAACCAGAACGGCGCAAACCUCACCUUUUUUUUUCUUUUUGCCCCGACAUAUCGUCUAAAAACGAUUUCGUCCAAAAAAGCAUUCCCUCACUUUUUUCUUCGGUUUUCACGCGUUCUUCGUCAGUGGCAUCCGUAACUCGGGCAGUACUGUAAAAUACGAUUCCACCCACUGCAGUCUUCGGGACUACGAUUUUUUUAUACCUCUUUUGCGUUGCCUGGGUUUUUUCUUUUCCCGUUCGGCAUAUCAGCUUUACCACGACCACCCACCAAAAGUUUUUUUUUUUUUGUUCCAUCAAAAUACCCGUCUAUUCGAUUUUAUUUUAUUUUUCGUUCGCCUCGCCCGUUGAUUCGUUUCUGCAUCACAGCUGCACUCAGCCGAGCGUUCUUGUCCUUUAACUGUCGCACAGCCCACCACCGAGCCACAGUUUUUUUCCAUUACAUCCGUUGCUCGAAUCAUAUCUUCAACGUCUUUUCGGGCGUGAACAAAAUUUAAUUGAUUUCCUCCCUUUGCUCUUCUGUGGAGUGAAGUAGAAUUGCCGGAAACGUUAGUGAGAGGCGUCGACAUCUGUUGGCUGAAAUACGCACAGAAGCUGGUCCAUCUCUUCCCGACCUCAUUUCUAACUCUCUCUUCAGAAUUCAUUGUAUCCGCCAUCAAAAGGCAGUCACACUGUACAAUAAGCAAGCUGGAGCUGCCUUCCCUUCCCUCUUCGGUUCAACCAAGAGCCACGCCGCUUGACGUCUUUCCGUGGACGUACAAUCAAAACUUCCCCAAGACUAUGUCCAGCGACAAGCCGCCAGCUGCACUAUCAAUCCCACAGUCGGCAAACAACGUCCCGAACAAUUCGUCUCCCCGUUCUUUGGGCACAUCGAUUUUGAACUCUCAUUCCAGUACUACCCCCAACGGUUCUCUGAAGGUCAAGACACCUACGGGACCUAACGCCCCCACACCACAAUCCAUUCAACACUCCCUUCCUAACCUAAACAUUCCUUCUCCUCAACAUAAUACUCAACCUUAUCACCCGUCGAACCCCGGGCCAGGCUCCCUUCACAACUCUCAGUUCGCCUACGGUAGCGAUCCCGGGUUCAUGAAUUCACAAACCAACACUCCUUACGUCGGGUUGGACUUCAGUCAUCAUCACAAUCUCUCACAAGGGCAGCCUCCUACGCCUCAGACAGCUACCUCUGGUAGUAAUAUGUCGUUUCCUCCUCAACCACCAGUGCUGCAGCCUAGUUAUUCUCAACCCCAUCAUGGGUUCCCCCCCCCCUUCUUCUCUAGCCAGGGUGGCGUCUCCUCACCGGCUGGGCAGCCGGGCGUAUCGGGCCCAAUGUCUGUCCAUGCCACACAGCAACUUCUGCCACUACCACAGAACUCUCAGAUGACGCCUAGUCCAUCACCACUUGCAUCCGUAUCUCAGGGAGGCCCUCAGACGCCUUCAUCGGCUACAUCUGCCACGGGGUUCGGAAACCAACCCCCUUUUGAUACUACUGGUCAGCACGCUCCACCUGGGAUGAAACCUAGAGUGACGGCCACGUUGUGGGAGGACGAAGGAAGUUUGUGUUUCCAGGUUGAGGCUAAGGGUGUUUGUGUGGCGAGGAGAGAAGACAACCAUAUGAUUAAUGGAACGAAACUGCUGAAUGUCGCAGGAAUGACUCGUGGAAGACGUGAUGGCAUCUUGAAGAGCGAGAAAGUUCGGCAUGUGGUCAAGAUUGGGCCGAUGCACCUCAAGGGAGUGUGGAUACCGUUCGACCGUGCAUUGGACUUCGCCAACAAGGAGAAGAUUACCGAGCUGUUGUACCCACUUUUCGUGCAUAACAUUGGUGCUCUGCUCUACCACCCUGCAAACACCAAUAGGACCAAUGCGGUGAUGGCAGCAGCGCACCGUAGGCAACAGGACAACGCUGCCCUCCAGCAGCAGCAGCAGAACCAGAUGCAAAGGAGAAAUCCAUCUGAGCUGGUUCCGUCAUCACAGCCCCCUAUGCACCACCAUCAUGCGAUGCAACACCCCAUGCAUACAUCGCUCCCACCUCACCCUAAUUUGGCACCCCAUCCUCCCCAGAAUCAACUCCAAAGGCCGGGUCUAGAGCGAAGUAUUUCAUUCCCGACACCGCCCUCGAGUGCGUCCAGUGUUAUGGGCGUUGGCAAUUCUGAAAGCCCAACUUUCUGGAACGGGAAUAUGGUCUCCUCAGUUGGAGGCACUGGUGGUCAGCCCUCGACUAUCGAGACUGUGAUGAACAGUGCUCGUUCAAUGCCGACCACACCGGCAACCACACCCCCCGGCGGUGCACUGCAGCAAUUGCAACAGUACCCACCGCCACCAUCUCUGUAUCCGUCAAACCCAUCCGCUAUGGCUCAACAUAGUAUUGCGCAACAGAAUAUGCAGAGAUUUGGGCAGCCUUUGACCCAGCCUCCUCAAUAUAUGAAUCAAAGGCAGGAGCCUAGCCCUAUGGGCCCACCUUCAUCACGUGGACCACCUGCCCCACUUUCAAGGCCUUCAUCCAGACAAAAUACCGCUGAUGACACGCAUCCAAAGGAGGAGAACGUGGAGGAGCAAAACGGGUUGGCUGUUGAGGGAGAAGAACAUGAGGACCAUGGGGAGGAAGAGGCUGAGCAUGAGCCUGAACAUGAGGAAGAAUAUACACACGAUCCCAAUUAUGCAAAUGGUCACCGCACUGGUAAUUACUAUCCUUCCAUGCAGGGUGACCACACUCCCCAUUUGUCUCCAGAGAUGACGGGCUCACCAAAUCAUGGCGGUCAAGGUCCUUCAACUCCUGCACGAUCAACAUAUACUGGGUCAAGCGUGUCUGUUCCGAGGACCGUUGAUGGCGGGCCCGGUGCUACGCCACGGACGACCAACGCAUCUCAACAAUGGGUACAGAGUGGAUAUUCCACUCCGCCCAGGACAAACUCUACUAACGGAAAUGCAAUUCGCCAGCCACCCGCACGGGGCCUUUACCAAUUGGUAAAUGGUGGCCAAGACGCUGCGGCUGAUCACAGCGGACCCAAUGGAACUGGGGCUCAAGACAGCGGAUAUCAGAAUCAGCCGGGUAUGGGUGUCUCUAUACCUGCCCAAGGCACACCACAGACCUUUGGCGUUAAUGGAGCGUCUACUCCUGGAUCGAAUAAGCGUAUCCGUGAGAUGGACGAUGAAGAUGAGCAUGGGUCUCGUCCCUCGAGCAGAGGACAAGACGAAAGAUCGGGUGGAGAUUCGGAGGGUGGAAUUGGCGGUCUUAAGAGGCGCAAGACAAUCCGUGAGGGUUCGACGCCUACUGUUGGGGGAAUCAACUCGAGUACAUUCGAUAGGAAUACUGAUGGCCGUCUUAAUCGUGCACGAUCGGCCAUUGGCACUACCCGGGGACGGCGGUAAUUACUUAUAGACUUUUACUGGUUUUUUUCCUCUUUUUCGCUUCUUCGACAUCUCGAAAUCUCCAAAAGCAUUUUUUGCAGGGUUACCUUGAAUUUUGUUUUUCUGGAGUUGAGAGUAAUCCUUUUUUUACUUGAUUUUAUUUUUUGAUUCCCUCACUAUUGUUUCCCUCAUUUUCCUUACCGUACUUUCUAUUCUCUGUGAAUCACGAACAGGUUACUGUGAUCCGGUGGGCCGGCUAUACUCAGGAUUUUUUUUCCUUUUUGCUCCCUAUAUCCUCUUAUCUCUUCAUUCUUCUCUUUCUUCGUCUCCCAAAAAAAGAUAUGAAGUAACGCAGCGAAGUCCGUUUUUUUUUCCUGUUGCCACAUUUUGUUUGAACCAAGUCCAUCUUGUUGCAAUCGUCAGGUGUUCCCUCUGUUUUUUUCCCACGCUUUUCUCCUUUCUGCUCUAUAGUUUUUAUCUCUCUUUUGCCUUUGUCUUUUAUUAAGGAACCCCUCCAUUUUUUUUAACGAAUAUUUAUAUGAAUGACCUUUUUUACCAUUACCAUAUUAUUCCGUUCCGUUCGUUCUCGUCUCGUCCGUCUCGUUCAUCCGUCCGUCCGUUCUCGUGGAGCCAAGAUUGGUGUGGGUGGAGUCGGAGAAUGGAAGGAAACCAAGCCAUGAGGAACAAGGCGGGCAGACGCAGGCGAGGAAGACAACCAAAAUCUGUUUUUACUUACCUCUUUUACUUUUUUUUUUUUUUUUACCGUCUCUUUAUUAUCAUUACGACGAUUACGACAUGAUGCAUUUUCUUGCCUUUUAUUUUUAUUCUUUUACACCGUGGGAGGAGCAAGGCGGAUCUUGUUUUGUUUUGUUUGGUUGGGAUGGGUAAAAAAAAAGAAUUGGUUUGGUUUUGGGUUUCGUUGUGUUGUGAUUGGACUGGGAAUGAUGGGGGGAGAAGGGGAGUGUUUAUUGUUUGACUGCCUCUGCCUACGAUAUCUAUGGUAUAUUGAGCUUGAGUGGCCUACUCCUUCUUUCUGCCUGUUUGCCCUGUUCUGCAAUGCAGUGCUGGUGGUUAGUCUGUGAUAGACGAAGUGGUUACUCUUGCUAGCUUGGUAGUAGCUUGGUUUCUGCAUGCGCAUUUUAUAGCAUACCGUACCUUACUUUGGUUUGAGGGUAUCAUACUUUG